AUGGCUGCAGCACCCGUUGCUAUGAACUACAGCGUGUUCAGGUUUCUUAUGGUUGUCUUGACCAUCCAGCUUCCUUUCUGCGUAACAAGGUUGCUGCACGAUGUUACAAUUGUUGUCUUCCAUGUUCCACCGCCUGGAAACCUUACCUCCACACUGAUAGUCAUAUUUGAGUGGAUUCUUUCAGUCUUGGUUUUAGCUGCCAGCUCUUCCGCGCUGUCUGUCGAGGUGUACAUGGACAAAGACACAGGUGCGUGUAUGUUCAUGCAACCACAGCCAUGUAGGUGGUACAAGGAGGCAGCCAUGCUGGGCUUGCUGGCGUGGGUCUUCAGCUAUGCCAUCGCAUUGCUUCUGAUCUAUCUCCAGUCUUCUCGGCACGCCCAACCUCCUGCCCCUGCCCCCGCUCAUGGCCACGACCAGGGCUAG